AUGUCGUUCCAAUUGUUGCUCGUUUUGGCGAUAUUCGUCGUUCCGGCUACUUCCAAUAUUCUCAUGCCUCAUAGUUUCUUCGCAACAAGGUCUGAGGCCAUGUUGGAGAACCCAGCCAACUACCAGAACCUGGAAGAAAACAUUGAUAACGUCAAUGAGAUGACAUCAUCUAGAUUCAGUUCUGGACCCAAUGGAAAUGUCGUGAACAACAAUGGAAACAACAAUCACUUGCAAACUGAACACGCCCGCAACUGCUUUUUCACCCCCGUCCAAUGCAUGUUGCCGAUGACCGACUCCCACAAAGAUGUCCAGUCAUUGCACGGUGUCUAUUCCCCAACCGCCAACCACGUCCGCCGAAGCGUCGAUACCAUGCUAACAUCUCCAUGGGGCUACACGGAUCUUAUCAAACGCGGAGGCGACAACCGGUUCUAUCAAUGGCUCAGCAGAUUCUAA